AUGUGCACAAUGCACCAUGGUACCACACGCUGUUGUAAGAACUGUGUCUACCCAACUGUAGGGAAUUGUAGCAGAGUCUAUAGUGCUCCGGCCUUCUGUUGUGUUCUAGCCAACUUUUACUCUCAGUGUCUGAAACUGCCCUUGAGGACUCCAUUCCUCCACUCCCCACCUCACCCCAGAACCACAGAAAGCCCCAGCCCUUCCUUCCAGCAGGCCAAGGGAUAUCAACACUCCCACACCCAUCCUAAUAGCCCUCAUCCAAUAACUCAUCUUAGCAGUUGGUAUAUAAAGACUACAGCUUGCUUCCCCUGCAGUUGGGGUAAUUCUGAGGAGUGUUUUGAACUCUUUCCCAGAGUUCUUCCACUGAAUUAA